CAAACGUUUGCCUCUCAGACAGACUCACAGACAGUGAGACUCAGAUACCACUGAAGGCUCGCAAUACGUAUCACUGAAAUCCGGAUCAAAUGUCUUCAUCGGCCACUCAGGAGUUUAUUGUCAGAGUUCCCCGGGAAAUGGGAAACAAGAAGUUUAAUGUAAUGCGCUUUGGAUCAGCUCUUAAUGUGGAGCCAAACAAAUGGAAAUCGUGUCAAAUGUCUCGCGAGAAUGAUGUCAAAGACGUGAAGACAGACAAUGAGCCGGAAGUGAGUGAAUUCGGCGCCGGAUCUGAAUUCGGACGAAAACAGAGGGAAGAAAUGAAACGAAAGAAAUAUAUGAAGAGAGGCUCCGGAGGACAACAGCCAUGGAUUCUGAAGACUGGAGGCAAACUGGGCAAGAAAUACAAAGGUCUUCGAGAGGGCGGUGUCUCUGAGAACGCCUCGUAUUAUGUCUUCUUUCAGGCGCCGGACGGAGCCUUUGAAGCGUUUCCCGUCAAAGAGUGGUAUAAUUUUACUCCUAUUCAGAGAUACAAAGCGUUGACCGCAGAGGAAGCCGAAGAGAAGUUCGAAAAGAGGGACAAAAUAUUGAAUUACUUUUCGGUUAUGAUUAACAAAAAGAGAAAAGACGACGAAAUGGCAGACAAUAGCAGCGAAUCCAAGGCUAAGAUGAAGAAAGAGUUGAAAGUGUCGGAUAUGGAUGACUGGCAUGACUUGGACUCUGAUAAUGAGAGAAGCGAUUUGAAUGAUAACAGCGAUGAAGACGUCAAACCAAAGUCAAAGAAAGACAAGAAGGGAUCGAAAGCCAAAAAACCCAUGAAAAAGAAGAAGAAGAAGGGAUCGGAUGACUCGGACGACAGCGAACCACUGGAGGAGAGCGAUGAGGGAGACUUCGACGACAAAGAAGUGGAUUAUAUGUCAGACUCUUCUGACAGCUCUGAAGAGUCGGAAACUGAGAAAAACGACAAACAAUUGAAAGGAGUUGAAGACGAGGACGCCUUAAGACAACUGAGCUGA